AGAGGCUAAACUCUCUACAUUUGCUCUGAGAGAGCUUCUAGCCAAUUUUAUAGGAGCACUAAAAUGAUAUUUUGAGUCUGUGAGAUGCAUCUUUCCUUUAUCGGUUUGGUAAUUGGUACAGUGCAUCUCAACUUAAGCCACAGUAAUUUCAGCCUAUUUGCUAAGAAGAGGAAGUCACAAAGGGAAAACAUAGUUGAUAGUACACAAGGCCUGUCAAACUUUAGGUUUAAGUCUUAUAGAACCAUAUCAUUGGACUUGGAAGGCAGCCCAGAGAUCACGUCUGAUUCUGACGCUUUUGCUAGGUUCAACGAAGAGUGUAGACGCUCUGGCAUAAUACAAACUUUUUUAAAGAAACCUACCAGACAUUAUCCUGCACACCAUUACAAAAGAAAGAUCAAACAGAGAAAAGGAUUCCAACAGACUGAAGCCAGAGCUGAAUUGUAUAUUGAAAAGCAUGCCUAUAUAAAACCGCAUAAUAAUAUUAAGUAUGCUUCAAUUCGGCACAUACCGAGGAUAAUAGAAGCUAUUAAACAGUUUAAAGCUUGGAAAGCGAAUGCACCCAGGAAUAAGGGCUUAUAG